AUGUACUCUCGACACAGCAUCAUUGAUGCGUUCAGCGCCGGUGGUAUGCCAUCUGAAGAAGCUCUGACGGUCAGCUCGUCUCAAAACUCGCAAAUUGAUGCGUUCGCCGCGUCGGUUGACCGAGAACGCGACUCGUUGCGCAGUUCGGGUAGCGGCAAUAUAUUCAAGGAUAAUGGCUCAAUCAAACGACGUCAAGCAAUACCCUAUGUGACGCACUAUUCGGAUUCGGGAUUCGGCUCCGCCCCAUCCGCCGGUUCCAGUUGCUCCUAUCUGCCACCACCGCCGCCAUAUCGGAUGCGUGGUAGUGGUGGAGGGUUGAGUAGUAAACCCCAACACAAAAUUCAUCGGAGUCUAAGUGAUUCAAAGUACACGGCCAGUCUAAUGACCGCUGUUCCGCAAAUGCCUCUUUUGUCAAUGACACCGUUGAACCAACUACAACCUCGGGAUGCUCGCGGGGCAAGUUGGAUAAGUUUGUGUGUGUACUUCAAUUGCAUUAGUGACCAUCCAAAAUGCGGAGGAUAUAAUAAUAUGCAUCAAAAAUGGCACAAAGACGGGCCAAGUCGAAGAGCCCAUCGCCUUCGAUGUCGACCGUCUCUUGUCCCGAGUACCCAGAGUUGCAGGACAAGUUACACAGGCUGGCAAUGGCGAGAGACAGUUUGCAGCUACAAUGAACAAGUCGGUGCACAAAAGGAGAAAAUCAAAGAUUUGGAGACGGUUUUGGCAUUGAAGCGUAACAAUUUGACAUCAACUGAAGAACUUCUUCAAGAUAAGUACCAUCGUAUCGAUGAGUGCCAAGAGCUCGAGUCAAAAAAGAUGGAUCUUUUGGCGGAGGUGUCCUCACUCAAACUCCGUUACGCCACUUUGGAGCGUGAGAAAAACGAAACCGAGAAGAAGCUGCGUCUCUCACAGAACGAAAUGGAUCAUGUAAACCAAUCUAUGCACGGUAUGGUUGUACAACAACAGCUUCAACACCACACCAAUGGUCAUGGAGGAUACAUGUCACCACUACGUGAGCAUAGAAGUGAGCAACGAGUUGAGAAGCAUGACGAGGAGAUGGCUCAACUUCGGACCGCUGUUCAACGGUUGAUGGCUGAUAAUGAGCAUAAGUCACUUCAAAUCAACACUCUCAGAAAUGCACUUGAUGAGCAAAUGAGAUCUCGGUCCCAACAAGAAGACUUCUACGCUGCUCAACGCAACUAUACGGACAAUUUUGACAUAAACGCUCAAAUCCGCCGGCUUGUGAUGGACGAGACAUCCGACUCUAUGUCUCAUUCAACAUCGUUCCCCGUCAGUUUGAGCUCAACGAAUAGCAAUGGAAAGGGUCCACGAAGCACGGUUCAGUCAUCGUCUUCUUACAACUCCUCUUUGUCUGCAGUGUCUCCACAGCACAACUGGGCAUCGGCUGGCGCUGGAACGCCACGUCAUUUGCAUCCAAUGGGUGGCAAUCAACGGGUCAACAAUAUCAAUGCUGCACAAUAUCGUUCUCCAUCGUCUCCAGCGGCCCGCCAGUUGGCUGCUGAGCUAGAUGAGCUUCGAAGGAAUGAAAAUGAGAAGGCUGCCCACAACUACUCCACUGCAAGUCUCCCAAGAGGUGUUGGAAAGGCAUCUUCUACAUUGACACUACCAGCUAAGAAGCUCUUGUUGCAUCUGGAAAUUCCACUGGUGAUUGAAUCCGAUGAUGAGAUUGCACGUGGUCGUAGUUUGAACAAUGCCACAUCUCAGUCCAACCUGAAGAACUUCUCUCGAGAACGCACUCGAUCUUCACUCCGCAACAUCUUCAGCAAGUUGACUCGUUCCACAUCUCAAGAUCAGAGCAACUCGUUCCGCCGUGGAAGUGCAGCUAGAUCCACCUCUACUGCACGUCUCGGAUCCACAACUCAUCUUGGCUCAGUGCCAAAACGUCCGCCACUUUCUCAGUUCGUUGAUUGGAGGUCAGAGCAGCUCUCCGACUGGAUUGCUGAAAUCGGAUAUCCUCAAUACAUGAAUGAAGUGUCGCGGCAUGUCAGAAGUGGCCGUCACUUUUUGAACAUGAGCAUGCACGAGUACGAGGGGCUUCUGAACAUUAAAAAUCCAGUUCAUAGAAAACGUGUGGCGAUUUUGUUGCGGCGAAUCGAGGACGACAUUAUGGAACCAGCCAAUAAAUGGGACGUUCAUCAGACUCUAAGAUGGUUAGAGGAUAUUGGGCUUCCUCAGUAUAAGGAAAUCUUUGCCGAGAAUGUUGUGGAUGGUCCGUUGCUUCUAGCCUUAACAGCUAGUGAUGCAGUGGAGAUGAAAUUGGUCAACGCUCAUCACUAUGCCACACUGGCAAGAAGUAUUCAGUUUUUGAAAAAGACUGAUUUCCGUUUUGAUGCGAUGGAGAAAAAGAUUGAUCAGAAUAUUGUCGAGAAGUACCCAUGUCCAGAUGUUGUCGUUCGAUGGAGUCAUGCCGCUACAUGCGAAUGGUUAAGGAAAAUUGACUUGGCAGAGUUUACUCCAAAUUUGCUGUGUGCUGGAGUACCGGGAGCACUGAUGAUCUACGAACCAUCAUUCACCGCCGAGUCGCUUGCUGAGGUUCUCCAGAUGCCACCGCACAAAACACUUCUCCGACGUCACUUGACAUCGCACUUCAACCAACUUCUUGGCCAGAAGAUCAUUGCCGAUAAGCGGGAUUUCCUGGCUGCCGGCAACUAUCCGCAAAUCUCUCCGACGGGAAGAGUGAAGACUGGAGACACCAGCUCGCUGGAAUCGUCAAACGUGUAA